AUGGCAAGGCAUACCGGAAUCCGUAACUUGCGGCAAGACCAAGUUGAUGCCAUAACUCGGAGCCUCCACGCAGGCUUAACAUCAAGGCAAGUUUCAGAAAUUCAAGGAGUGACAACUAGAUGUGUUCAAAGGAUUUGGAAGAAAUAUAAGGACACAGGGUCGGUAGAAGUCAAAAAACACCCAGGAGCAGCGAGAACGACGUCUCGUCUUGUGGACAAGAAUAUUGUGCGGCUUGCAAGGAACGAUCCGCGUCUCACUGCAGCCGAGAUUCUUCGCGAAAUAUCGACGCCCGAAGGACCUAACCCAUCUUUGAGCACUGUACAACGUCGACUGAGAGAGGCCGGUUUGUUUGGACGACGUCCAGCAAAGAAACCACUGAUUUCCGCUAAGAAUCGCAAAGCGCGUCUCGACUGGGCUCAAGCUCACAAGAACUGGACCGUUCGGCAGUGGCGUAAGGUCAUCUGGAGCGAUGAAUCGAAGUUUUUGCUGUUUGGGACGGAUGGAAUCAAGUUUGUGCGACGUCCUGUCGGUACCAGAUACCAUCCGAGUUACCAGCUGCCGACCGUGAAGGGUGGUGGAGGUUCGGUGAUGGUCCACGGUAGCUUCUGUGGCAAAGGAGUUGGUCCCCUUCAUCGGAUUGAGGGUAAGAUGGAUGCGAAGAUGUACCUUAAUAUCAUGGAGACUGUGAUCUGGCCGUUUUUUCGCAGUACUGCUCGCAGUGGCUUCAUUUUCCAACAAGACAACGACCCGAAACACAAAUCGAAGCUGCUCACCAAAUGGUUCCGCGACAACAACGUCCCUCUGCUGACGUGGCCGUUGCAGCCUCCCGAUCUGAAUCCCAUCGAACAUCUAUGGGAAAGACUUGAGCACCAAGNCACGAAAAGUUCCUUCAGCUGA